GGAGUAGAAGGGAGGGCGCUUCAAUGAGGGCCGCACAACCAUCAUCGGUAAAGAGACAUGGUUGUGAUUAUAUGUACAAUUGUAUUUCGUGGUGGAUGGAUGUAGCGGCGGCUGUGUGCCGCUGGCCAGUGAAAGUGUGAGCGCAGACUUAGCAGCAGGAGCAGCAGGGAGGUGCAGCCUCCUUUCUAGUUGAAUCAGAUUUAGUUACUCAUAGAUACGAUCGUAGUUUCCCCGCCUAUUGUAAUCUAGUGUGUCUUUCUAGAGAUCUGCUCUCUUCGCUGCUACUGGCGAACUCCUUAUAACCACUGCAAUCAGGAAAAUCGGUGAUCCGCACGGAGAGGCGAACACACCCACGCAACCACGCACACACUUGCAGAUGGGUUUUCAGCUUUCCACAGAGGGCGGGUUCAUCUAGGGAAGUCUGCUUGCUUCUUAAUCAGUACCUGGAUACAUUUGAGACGACGACGCGUUUCACUGAACACCCCCCAAACAGGGCAGUCACAUGCAAUUGCGAUAGAUAGGCGCGCCGGUGUUUGCGUUUCCGUGUCUAUCUGUGCUUUUCUGUUUGACUCUGUGUGUGUGUGUGUGUGUGUGUGUGUGUGUGUGUGUGUGUGUGUGCGAGAGAGAGAGAGAGAGAGAGAGAAUGGUUCACUUCGGACGUCUUUUGAGGGAGAAGCGGCUUCCGAAAUGGGAAAAUUAUUACCUGGGGUACAAACAAAUGAAGAAGAGGAUCAAGAUGUACGUGCAACUGUCGCCGACGACUUCUGAGGAAAGCAGAGACGAUAUGUUGAAGGAAUUCUCCGAGAUUCUGGACUACCAGGUGGAGAAGAUCGUCCUCUUCCUUCUCGCACGGGAAGGCCAGCUGGCUUCCAGGUUGAUUGAGUUGCGGGAGCAGAGGGAGGGGAUCAUGUCGAUUGGCAGGCGGAGUUGGAGCGGAGGCGGCAAUUCUUCUGCAGCAGCAGCCGGCACGUCGUCCGCGGGCGAUGCUGCUGCUGCUGCUGCUGCUGUUGCUGUAGGAUCUUCCCAGCGACCAGGGACCCCUUCCCCGCGACCAGGGACCCCUUCACCGCGACCCGGGACCCCUUCACUGCGACCACGGACCCCUUCACUGCGACCAGGGACCCCUUCACCGCGACCAGGGACCCCUUCACCGCGACCAGAGACCCCGGCAGCAGCGGGAUCGACUUCUGCCUCGGCCAUGGAACGUCCGCAGUCUGCGGACGCGAUCCGCGACCUGGUCGACUUCCACGAAGCGCUCGAGGGAGUUCCCGAUCUCGUCGGCGAGUACAAGAAAGUGGGACAACAUCUUCUCGAGCUGUUGGAAUUCGUGGAACUCAAUGCCAUCGCUCUGCGCAAGAUUCUGAAGAAAUUCGAUAAACAACUGGGAUAUCGGUUGAUGGACCGGUAUAUUUACACCCGGUCUAAUCAUCCUUACUCCCAGCUGCUGCACGUGUUUCGCCACGUGGGCAUCGGCGCGAUGGUGGCGACGAUCUCGAGGAAUCUUGCUGAGCUCCGAGCUCGGAGAUUGACGCCGAUGUCGAUCUCUCUGUACGACGAUGGGAGGCAGUCCUGGCCACCGAAGCUCGUACAGAACGAGCCAAUCAUUCGGGCCAUCGAGGAGGCAGAAGAAAGGCUGAUGCAGUCGACGGGGUUUCUGAAGUACCUCGCAGAAGGGUCGUUGAUUCCCGAGGAACGUGUGGAGGAGGCCCUGGAGGAGGUGGGCGGCGCCCUGCGGGAAGAGAUCAAAGAAGACUUCCUCACCCUCUUUCUCAACCUGCUGAAUACCUUUCUGUACAUGGUCAAUUACUAUAUUGUCCUGCCUACUGCGGAUAAGUACGCGAUGCAGCUGGGAGCCGAUUCCACGCUCUGCGGUGUUAUAAUCGGGUCGAUGGCGUUGGCUUCUCUCGUCUCUGCCGUGGGGUACAGCGCCUGGUCCAACCGUUCCUAUUUCAGUCCGCUCGUCCUCAGCACUAUCAUUCUUGUGGCGGGCAACUUCUUCUACGCCAUCGCUCUCGAUUUCGACUCUGUGUGGCUCGUUCUGUUCGGGCGAUUGCUGUGCGGGCUGGGCGGCGCGAGGGCAAUCAACCGGAGAUACAUAGCGGACUGCGUGGCGAGGAAGAGGAGGACGGCGGCGUCGGCGGCGUUCGUCAGCGCAAGUGCGCUAGGGAUGUCCGUGGGGCCUGCAGUAUCUGGCGUCAUGCAAAUGGACGUGAAGUUGAUCGGGGGUUGGACGUUUAACUUCGUGACGGCGCCGGGAUGGGUGAUGUGUCUGUGCUGGCUGAUCUACUUCGUGGUACUGUGGGUUGGCUUCAAGGAACCACAUCGACCGGGCGUGGAGCAGGUGAGGGGCAGUAGUACCCGAGGAGGAGGAGGAGGAGGAGGAGGAGGAGGAGAAGGAGAAGAGGCGGCGGCGAAGAAGAACGCAGCGGGGGUGCGGUCAGGAGGGAAGGACGAAGUGAUAACAGUCGUGACUGCAGCAGGCGAUGGAGUGGUAGACUGGACGGCGCUGGCGGCGAAGAAGGCGGGCAAUCCACCCUUCAUGAAACAUGACCAUAGAACGUUUAUCACGACGUCAACGGAAAAAGAAGGUACAUUGGGAGCGAGGGAGGCUGGAGAGGGUGCAGAACCCGGCUUUUCGUUCCAACGACGAGUCGGCUGGAAAGACACGGCCAGAAACGAUUCCUUUGGACCGCUCCAGGCCUGGAGAUCAGAAGGAGCUGCAGUAGCAGCAGCAGAAGAGCCAGCAGCUGUGGCCGGGGGAGGAGGAAACCGAGAAGGUGGAGGUGGUGUUGCAGGGAAUCACCGAUCUGUUCUAGAGAAUGGCGAUCAGGGUGGUGGAGUCGUCAUUCAACUUGACCAAACACGAGCAUAUGGUAAUCUUCCUCCUCCUCCUCCUCCUCCUCAUCGUCUUUCUAAUGGGAAGCAGCAGGAGGUCUUGCCUAGACCAGAUGGCGACGAUUCGCACAUGUGGAAAGGCCCCGAGCUCCGAGAACCUUUGCUGUUGAAGGAGAAGGCAGAGGAGGAGGAGGAGGAGGAAAAGGAGGGGGGACUGGAGGACGAAGAACGCAAGGAGGACAGCUUGAAGAGAGAGAUGGAUGGAGGAGAAGGAGCAGGAGGAGGAGCAGGGUCCGUACGCGAGGCGGACAGUGAAGAUAUGGAGUCGGAGGAAGGUGCGGAGAAAGACGGUUUCUUUGAGGCAAUGGCUGAAAUGACAACUCCAGUGCUGGUAAAUCUGUUAAUAUACUUCGUCCUGAAAUUUGCUGUUGAAAUCCUUCUCUCGGAAUCUAGCCUUGUGACUGCGUAUUACUUCGGAUGGGGGAUGGAGGAGGUCGCUCUCUUCCUGUCUCUGCUGGGAUUGACAGUGCUGCCUAUCAAUUUUGUCGUGGGCAGUUACAUCAGCAACGUGUUUGAGGAUCGGUAUAUUUUGCUCUGGGCCGAGAUACUGACCGCAGUGGGCAUUGCAAUGGCGCUGUCUCUAGAAGUUAUAGGGUUGCAGUACAGCGUGGUGCAGUACGUGCUGUCGGCGAUGGUGAUCUUCGUGUCAUGUCAGGUGUUGGAAGGGGUGAACUUGUCACUCAUGUCCAAGGUUAUGUCCGACAAACUAUCCAGAGGAACGUUUAAUUGCGGUCUACUCUCCACGCAGGCGGGAACUUCCGCUAGAGUCGUUUCUGAUCUCCUUAUAUCUUUCUUAGGUUCUCAAGAAUUAGGAAUGACGUCACUGAUGAACUCAACCAUGUUAAUUACCUUUAUCUUGAUGCUUCUGGGUAUUCAAAUGACCAUUGUUGUAUUCAAUUCGCUUUUCUAGCUCUCUCUCUCUCUCUCUCUCUCUCUCUCUCUCUCUCUCUCUCUCUCUCUCUCUCUCUCUCUCUCUCACAGCCGGGCGGGGAGAGGGUGGAGGGCCGCUUCACACUCUCUCCGGACGGACUGCCAGCUCUAGAGAGAAGUGUGUCACGGAUUCGGUUUUCUCUUUCCCCCCGUCUUCUCUUCUGUCUGUCUCUGUGUGUGUGUGUGUGUGUGUGUGUGUGUGUGUGUGUGUGUGUGUGUGUGUGUGUGUGUGUGUGUGUGAUGAAGAGAUUUUGAAGUAGAGCGAAGAGAUUGGGAGAGACGCACACAUGUCCGGCGUUAGGAGGUUGGGCUGCAGUAGCUGACGUUGCGCUCUGUGGUGAAGGUUAUCGCGCCCCGAGUUGCGCUUACAGGAAGAGGACGUAAGCGGAGUGAUCGGCGAAGUUUCCCGAAGUGAUGAAGAAGGUUGAGGGAGAGGCAGGGGCUGAAUUCUAUCGAGGUAGAGGAUGCCAAAUGCGCGCCUGUAGAAGACGGUCAUCCAGACAGCGAGGCGCAGAAUGCCAAGGAGGAGACGAGCUUUGGCCGCGAAUGCAGCGGGUACUGACUGUUUUGGCCAUCCCAAUUCUGAUUACGACAAGAUAGGUAAGACUGGUCCUGCGCCUUUACAAAAAUAGACAAGAUCGGGGGGAAGAGCAACAGGUCAGGUCGCCAGGUAAAACCAACUGAAGUGAUAAUGUGUGAGCACAGUAGGCGAGAGCGAGACCCAUCCCUGGUUUCACGGGGGAGAAGACGACAGAAGAAAACAGAGCUGGGACAAGACAAGGACAAGGGAGUGUCGACGACGACGAUGACGACGACGAUGACGACGAUGACGACGACGACGAAGUGUUGCAUUUGCGACGAUCUAAGAAGUUGCUCUUGCUACGAUCUCAGGGUGUCAGACGUGCGUAAGUAAUACGUUGCUGGGGAGGGAGGGGGCAUCUGAUUAGUCAUGGCGACGACCAAGUAAGGGUGCAGAGUACGCGGGACUACCGGUAGGGAGGGCCUUUCUCGACUGCUUUCUAGGCUCUCACGGUCGCGAUCACGUUCAUCUACGACUGGCUGAAAUGGCGCUCAGAAUGGAUUUGUUAAAGUCGUAGUGUGAGAUUGAACGUGUGUAAGGCGCUCAUCCUGGUCGUUCCCCCCUCUUCUCUACGGCCGAUCGUCUUUUUGCCCUCCGCUUUUCUUCGCCAACUCUCUGCAGCUUGCGUGCGUUGGAAUCGAGCCGUCGACUUCAUCACUUGAAACCAAAGGCGGGAUGCGCAUUUGUGAAGCUCGGCAGCUAUCUGGUUUUACCUAUCCCCUCUGCAUUUCGUCAUGAUGAUUGCGCUUGCUCUGGGAAUCACCGUGAGCACACCCUUUGUAGAGAGGUCGUAAUACUGCCUACCUGCAUAUGACGAGGAGUACUACCCAGGUGAGGUACUUGUUAUGUGUGGAGAUUCUGUGCUGGGGGACAGAGGGCGUGCUUGCUUGCUUGCUUGCUUGCUUGCUUGUGCGGCGUGCUGGAGUGACGAAGCAGAGGGAGGGGAGAUUAUAGCGCCCGGUCACUGCGGGAAGAAGAGAGACGACUUCCAGAGAGCAUCAUCGGCAACGACAAAGGGAAAAACUCGCGCAUACUAUGGAAAGGGGCAGGGAGGGGAAAAUGCACUCGAAUAGUAUCAUACAUUGUGGUCGCGAUCGCGGUCGUUCAUUGUGGUUGGGACUGGUCUGUGUAGACAGACGAUCGAUUCAAGGAGAGAAUGGAGAACAAGAAGGGCGUCAAGGGGUGAUGGCGCAAAUAGAUGUCACCUGAAGUGAUUGACGAUGAGGAACGGGGGGGAGAAGAAGUGUGGGGAGGAACGGGUUAACCGGAAAUUAUAGAUGAGAUCAUUUUACGAGAACGA